AUGAAAAUCUUAUACUUAAUUAAAGAAAAUUCAGUGGAGACGGAGACCGGAGAGGCUGUCUUGGCAGAGAGCGGUGGUCUAGAGGCCGAGAGUAGAGCCUUGGGAUGGUGCCGGAGCCGGAGUACUAGUGAUAGCAGAGCGCCGCCAGUUACAAACGACGGUCGUGCGAUCCAGCAGGCAUUGCCGAUAAGAGUUUGGAGGGAUUUUAAACCCUAUCGAUCGUGGAAGAAGAAAAAAAAAGGGCAGUAUCUAUCAAGUAUUACACCGUCGGUUCUUUCACGCUCCGAUCGCAACAGCCGCACUCCUCCCUUCUUCUCGCCAUCUUCAACAUCGAAACAACAAGAUAAGGUGCAAUGGCGUUGCUGUUCAAGGAUCCAACAAAGAUUUCAGCAUAUCGUGACAGAAGGAGAAAUCAAAAAGAUUGUCAUGGGUUUAGACAAGAACACAAAAACACCAUGUGGCUUCUGCUUCAUCAUGUACUAUUCUAGGGAAGACACUGAAGAUUCAGUGAAAUACAUAAGUGGGACAAUUCUUGAUGAUCGGCCUAUUCGUGUUGAUUUUGAUUGGGGGUUUCAGGAUGGAAGACAAUGGGGACGUGGCCGUAGUGGUGGACAAGUUGUUGAUUAUGGGGUUGGAUCAUUGGGAUCUUUUCAGCCACCUCCCAUGGCUGCCAACUAUGGAAGACAUGGAGGAGGUGGUCAUGGGUAUGGGGGAGGUGGCCACAGGCAUGGCAGAGGAGAUUAUCAAAGGAAGAGAUACCGUGAUGAUGAUCGAGAUCGACGUGGGCCCGAUGUGGCCAAGAGGAAUUCUGAAAAUGAAACUCGAAGAAACUCUGAUUUUGAUUCCAAACAGGAGAAAAACCCACGUUUUCGUGAGCAUGGUGAUUCUGAUGAAGAGGAAGAUGACAGGAAAAGACAGAAAUAACUGGAAUUCGGUUUAUCAUUAUUAAUAUUAUUUCAUAGGUAAAUUUAUCAAAAUAUUUUCCGUUAUGUACAAGUUGUCG